AUGCCACAGAACCAGGCGGCGGCGGCGUACGAUGACGUGACGCGAAAGCGGAAAGACGACUGGAGUAGUCAGCAGGUGGCGUUUCGGCACUUCAACAACUUUGUAAAGAAGACCUUGAUCCAGUUUUCUCUGGACUGCGUGUUGACCAAUGCGGCUGCCUCGCCGUCAGAAGGUGCGGCGGUUCUCGAUCUUGCCAGUGGACGAGGCGGAGACAUCGGUAAGUGGUUUUUCAUGCAAAGUCCCGCGCAGAGCAACCCCCGUGCACCGUCGUCUGUCCUGCACACCUCCGUCUACGACUGCUACGAUGUCUCUCUCGAGUGCAUCAACGAGGCGGAGAGACGGUGUAAGGAUAUGAUAGCUGCCAUGGAGAAACCACCGCAGUGCUGUGCCUCGUUCACCGUGGCUGACUGUUUCACGGAGUCGUUUCUACGAGGCACCUUACCCUGCUCUCCGCAUUUUGGUCGCUACAGCGUUGUGUCGAUUCAGUUUGCAUUCCACUAUGCCUGCAAGAGUCUCGAUCUCAUCCGCAACGUCUUCUCCGCUGUUUCUGAUGCUCUCGCUCCCGGUGGUGUGGUGCUCAUCACGACAGUCGACAUAGCGAUGCUCUCCAAACGGGCGGUGGAGGGCACGUUAGGCAACGAGCUGUACAGCAUCUCUUUUCCCAAUCCACCCGAGUACGCCGCAGCCUCCAACGGCAACACCUUGCUUGUCACGGGCACUGAAUACCACUUCCGCCUGGAUGGCUUCGUCGACUGCCCAGAAUACGUGGUGCCGUACGAUGCGGUGGUGCAAAUCGCGAGUGACGCCCGACUGCGGCUCUGCGAGCACAUGUCGAAGCCUUUCUCCGAGUUUGUGCCGGACUACUCCGCAAGCUGGAAGGCAAACAAGGGCAACAAGCUCAGUCAGGCAGAACUGGAGCUUGUGACCUUGUACCGCGCUCUGUGCUUCGUGAAGGAGAAGGUGGCACUCUAG